AUUAGGGGAAAUUGUAAAAACAGCGGCCACUGCUGCCUCCAUCCAACUAAAACUUAAGCUGCUGUUCUAAAACAGCGGGCCGGCCGUUCUUAUAUUCUUUUCCACACCCUCUUCGUUCUCGUUUCACUUCCACACUUCUUCCUCUGCAUACCUACAUUAGUUUUACUACUAUUUCUUUAUCAGUGUUUGCACAUAGCCUUUUUUUCACAAAGCAUCCGUUUCUCUGGCUCUGACGAUGGCUUCUAUAACUGAGUCAAUGGCUCUCUCUUGUUCCUCACGCUUUGGAAUUUCCGUCUCUCCGCGCGCUACUGUGGCGUUUUCAUCUGGGGUGUGUCUUUCUGCUCGCCGGAGAUUGCCGGAAUUCAAGGGGUUGAAGAUCCAGGCGCCUUUGAAAUCUCCGUCCACUUCGUUCAAAUCUAGGAAUCUUGGGAUUGUCAGUCGGAGAGGAGGCAUUGUGUGCCAAGCUCAGGAGACUGCUCUUGAUGUUCCAACUGUGACUGAUACAACUUGGCAGUCGCUAGUACUGAAGGCAGAUGGACCUGUGUUGGUUGAGUUCUGGGCCCCCUGGUGUGGACCUUGCCGCAUGAUCCAUCCAGUUAUAGGUGAAUUAGCUCAACAGUAUGCUGGAAAACUGAAGUGCUUUAAAUUGAAUACAGAUGACAGUCCUUCAAUUGCAACUCAAUACGGAAUCAGAAGCAUCCCAACAAUGAUGAUCUUCAUCAAUGGUGAGAAGAAAGAUGCAAUUAUAGGUGCUGUUCCCAAAUCCACAUUAACUGCAUGCAUUGAUAAAUUCUUGUAGACGAGGACAACAGAAGAAAGUACGCUAGUUUAAGCAUCUUUUACUUCAUAUUUGUUUUGUUUUAAUGUGUAAUGCAAGUUAUACUCUUUACUAUGAUUUUUGAAACUUCUGCUGAUGUUUUCUUUUUAAUUACACAUUGAUCUUCAAUGUGAUAACAUUUUGACUUUUCAACAAAGAACUAUUAGCUCUUUUGAAAAUGUAAUAUGACCAGAAGUUGUGGUUGCAAAUGACUUGAAUGCAAGUAGUGCAAUUUUUUCAAUGAGAUCUGAAGGUUGUAGAUAAAAACUAGAUGACUUGUAAUGACCUGCAUGCGUGGUGCGUCCUUCAAAUUCUUUGUCAACCACUUGAAAUUUAGAACUCUUGAAUCUUGACUAGUUUUUAUUUGAUGUGGUGAAUUUGUCCUACCAAUUGAUGCUUUGAGCCAAAGAAGAUGGUUGCUGUUUAUGAGUUCUUUUACCACUGUUGAUCGAGAUGGAAUCCAGGCAAGGUUCUGUUUCACAAAGUACAUGGAUUUAAAAUGAAGUAUCUAUCACCUCUACUUCAAAUUUUCUAUAAAGUUUCUUCCUUAUCCUUAUUGACUAGAUGUUUGAUAUUGCCAUUUAUUGUAAUUUUAAACACCUAUAUUUAUUUAGUAAAAAUGGCAACAUAGGUUUUUUUUUCUUUUGCAACAUGUUAAUUGCUUUGUAUUGGAAGAAUUUAAACUCUUAAUUGUAAUUCUAAAUUAGUAAAAAUUUUGAAAUAGU